AUGAAGCGGAAGUGUCCCGCAGAUGGCUCACAUGCGGUGCGUGUCUGGCAAGUUUCCGGGGAAGAGCUCGCCACCGUUUCAACUGAGGGGCUGAAGAACAUCCAAAGCCUGAAAAAGCAUCUGCGAGAGCAUUGUGGACUGCCCACGUUCAGGCAGAGGCUCUUGCACAAGGGCAGACAGCUGGAAGACAACGACAAGGUGACUGAGCCAAUGGACUUGCAGCUGGUGAUGUUGCCGUUCGUUGACUGUUCCGCAGAGCAGGAGGAUGAACUAGUAGAGGCAGCCUGGAGCGGACAGACUGAGCAGGUUGAGCAACAUCUGCAGCAACGUCAGAAUCCAAACUGCUUGGGCGACCAUGACGGGAUUCGGGUCUCGCCAAUAGAAGCCGCUGCUGAACGUGGCCAUGCCGAUGUGUUGCGCCUGCUGCUGGACGCGAGAGCCGACACUGAAACGCUUGACGUGGAGAACGAGCCCGCCCUUCACUUAGCCACUCGCCGCGGUCAUGUGGAAGUGGUGCGUUUGUUGCUAGAAGCUAGGGCUGAUGCCGACGUUCCUUGGGACCUUUGGGAGGACAGCCCGCUGUCUCCUUCGCCUACGCCGCUAUCCAUUGCAUAUGACAGCGGCCACAUGGAAAUUGUGGGACUACUGCUCCAAGCCAGAGCUGACGCAAACGAUGCCUGGACGGUCGGCGGCAGUUUCGGCCACUAUGGUCCGCGGCCACUGCUGUAUCACGCGUGUGAAAGUGGUGAUUUGGAUCUUGCGGGUUCGCUGCUACAGGCCGGGGCUGAUGUGGAUGCGCGCGCCAGCCCAUCGCGUGCUGGUGACUGCUGGACAUACCAGCCUUGGCCUUUGCGUCCUCUCUGCGCGGUCUUGCGUGACGGCCACAUCGAUAUGGUACGACUGCUGCUUCAAGGCCGCGCAGACCCGAACGAAGAUGAAGACGAAGACCCACCGCUCUGCAAAGCAUGCUCUAGUGGCUCCCUUGAGAAAGUACGCUUGUUGCUGGAGGCCCGCGCAGACGCGAAUGCACCGAUUCACGAUGACUGUUAUGGGCGAGCAUCGUCCCCGAGCCACCCUUUGUGUAGGGCGGCUGAACAUGGCAACGUGGACGUGGUCCGUUUGUUGCUGGACUCUCGAGCCGAUGUCAAUGCCGGAGUUCUUCAAACUUCUGUCCAUGAAGAUGGAGAAUCUGAAGGCUCUGCAUGCAACAGGCGUGUGUCAUCCGACAGAGACAGAGAUCAGCCUCUGCGUGAGGCAUCAAGACGUGGCAACUCAGAGAUGGUUCGAUUGCUGCUGGAGGCCAGGGCCAAUCCCAACAAGCCUGGCUGGCGACCACCUCUUCUGGAGGCCAGGGAGGCAGGUCGUGUUGAGAUCGUGCAAUCGCUCCUGGAGGCCAGGGCCGACAGCGGCGCAGCUGACAAGGCGGAGGUUGAGAUUCAGGGGUUGCUCGGCAUGGCAAGAGCUGCAAGACGUCCGAGUCCCUCAUCUUCGACCUCGUCAUUUUGA